AUGAACAAUGAACGAUGUCCUAAUAAUAGGACGUCGUUAGGACGUUGGAAGGAAGCGAAGCGUCUUCUUCUUCCUCGCGAGAAACUUACCACUACUACUGGGACCUACGAUUACCACCACCACCAAUCAUCACCAACCAGUACCAUCGGCAACAACAGUAGAGCAGUAGAAUCCUAUCAGCACCAACCAGCACUGACACCAGAAUAUACCAGCACAACCAGCAUAACCAUCAUCACCAUCGACAGAGAAGGCUUUUCCUCGAGUGCAUCAUUCAUCGUGGCCAAUGGAAUGUGCAGCUCAUCCUUUCUCAUUGCCCUCGACUCUUCGACAUUUGCACUCACCUCGAUAGAAAUGGCACUCUCCUCCGACGUGGCUUUUAUGCACCCACCACGUUCGAUGAGGAGGAGAAGAGGCCAACGAUGUGCUUCAACACAACAUCACCACGGUUAUACGCGAUGGUUGGAAAGGAGAACAAGAGGAAGAUUUCUCGUUUUGCUUGCAUCCAAUGCAACCUUUUCUGGAAGGGCGCAGCGCGCAAGGGAAGAGAGGCAAGAGGAACAACACAGAGAGCAGAGGCAGGAUAGACGACGCACACAGAGGGGUGCAGACUGCAGAGGGUCAGGGACGCAAAGGGACACAGCAGCGUGCACGCUCGUAGCACGCGCUAAAGUAAAGUCGGCUUACAGGCUUAAAGUCUACGGGGUUAUCCGCCAGUAAAAAGAGAGAGAAAAAGAGAGAGAGAGAGAGAGAGAGAGAGAGAGAGAGAGAGAGAGAGAGAGAGAGAGAGAGAAAAGAGAGAAAAGAAGGUACAAGAGAAAGGGCAAGGGACUCUGGCUUGGUCAAGAUUCACGCUAAAGUAAAAGGAAUUACGUAGGCAUAAAGUUUCACAUAUAUCGGCCAAUAGACACCUGUAUUUUACAAUAUCAUCAAAAUAGUGCAAGAAUGGAGACAGGUGAGAUGAAAAAAAAAAAAAAAAAAAAGAAAAAAGGGGGGUCGGGAAAAAAAGAAAAUAAAAAAAAAUAAUAUUUCAAAGUUCGAACAACGAAGAGGAUCACCUGUUAUUCUGUAUUGGUCGUGAGAAAGAAUAAUAAGAAAAAAAACAUAGCGGCUAUAGAUAAAAUGGCGUCUAUGGUGAUUAAAGAAAAUAUACGCGAUGUAAUUACAUCGAGAGACAAAAAUAGCAAAGGAACCAUAAGGAUUGUGAAAGGGAGGUGAGACGAAAAGAGAUAGAAAAAGGAGGAGGAGAAAGAGGAGAUGGAGGUGAAGGUGGAGGAGAAGGUAGAAAGGAGACACAAGAGUAGAGCCCCCCAUCCAACGCGCGCUGAGAUUCCAGUUUCUCCGUUAGCUAAGGAGUCGAGGAUGAGGAUGAGGAUAAGAAGAGAAGAGAAGAGAAAAUAAGAGAAGAGAAGAAAAGAGAAGCUGGUAUAUACACGGCCACGGUCUAACUCGUCGAGGUCGGGUCGAAUAAUAAAAUAAAAGAGUAGAGCAUGGAUGGGGUGUAAGGUGGUUUGUAAAGGUAGAGAGAAAGAAACUUCUCUUUCUCUUUCUCUCUCUCUUUCUCGCUCUCUCUCUCUACCUCUCUCUCUCUCUACAUAGCAUAAGGUACGGCUACGUUGGCGGUGAAGGUUCUGCCGGUGAUGCUGCGGCCACAGACUACGACUUCUGCUAUAACUAUAGCUGAAGCUGUAGCUGCUGUUGCAGUUGCUCGAGGAAGAUGCAUCUACGGAAUCGAAGAAGAAGGAGAAAGGA